GGUCGUGUGAGGUAGUGCUUCCGCGCGCUCCGUCCCCUGGAUAUCUGUAAAUAUUACCAGGACAUCACCAGCCGUCAGUCAUGUGAGGCAACACUCGACCCUCCACCAUCACCUCCUCACUGCCAUCUUGCCUUUCCAAUCGAACCAAACAAAGACAUUAUAAAAAAUAAAGUCACGACGCUAUAUCACCCCACAUCCAAGUCCAUGAAAACAGCGGGAGUUUAUGAGUUGUCCAGGUGAUAGAAGAGUCCAGAGAUAUCCUGAAGUGAUACAAGGAGUCCGUCAGUCUACACCGUACAGGAACACCUGAUGAAUGUAACAGUGUAGUUAAGGCUCGUGACGCCGAAGAUAACGUCUGUGGUGUGAUAAACAUUGUAAGUAAUUGACCUGUCAUCUGGACUCGCCCUCGCCCGUAGUGGCGGUGUGAGAGAAGCGUGAAUGAACCAGAAUUCCUUGUAGUCUUCACCCUCACCCGUGAUGUCAGUGUGAGUGAGCGCGAGCGCCCCAGGACACGGUGUAGUGCGUGUAUACACCGUGCAUCAGGACCAUGCCGGCCACCAUCAACAUGUACGGAGAGUCUGACUACCUCACGGCCCCUCUGGCCUCUGUAGAGGACUUGUCGCGUGUCAACACUCCGGGGGGCUCUCCUUCCCCCAGGCCCCGCCAGAGGCACCCAGCCCUCGAGGAUCCUAACUGGGAGCCCCCGGCGGACCUCAAGCUCUACUCCAAAGAGUCUGAGUCAGUCCCGGAGGCCACGGUGUUCACGCCCCUCCAGCCCACGCCCGAGGAGGAUGUCGGGCCUCCUGAUCGGUACAGGCUGGUGUUCCUGACCCUCAUGCUGCACGGGAUGGGAACACUCAUGCCCUGGAACAUGUUUAUCACCGCAAAGAAUUAUUUUGUGGAUUACAAGCUCAAAGGUGAUGACGGUGAAGUAUCCUUAUAUGCAACAAAUUUCCUCUCCUACAUAGGCUAUGCGGCCAAUAUACCUAAUGUUAUGUUCAGCUGGCUCAACCUCUUCAUCCAGUUGGGUGGCAACCUGACCACCCGCAUAGUAUGGAGCAUCCUCAUUGAAGUGGUGGUGUUUGUUUUCACUGUGAUCCUGGCUAUGGUCGACUCUUCUGAUUGGCCCGGCAUCUUUUUCUGGAUAACUAUGGUCUCAAUUGUUAUCAUUAAUAUUGCUAAUGGCAUUUACCAGAACACAGUGUAUGGCGUGGCAGCUCGACUUCCCUUCGCCUACACGGGAGCUGUGGUCUUGGGUUCAAAUAUCAGUGGCACGUUUAUCGCUUUGAUCAACAUCAUUGCCAUAGCUCUGGCACCCAACAUCAGAACAUCAGCCAUCUAUUACUUCAUCACAGCUCUGUUUGUGCUGCUGGCAUGCUUCGACACCUACUUCGCUCUUCCCCUCAACCGCUUCUUCAGAUACCAUGAGGCCCUGUACGACCGAGCCCAGAAAGCAGCCAAGAGAGAUCCAAGCAAACCCAGAGUGCCAUAUUGGUACAUCUUCAAAAAAGCUUUGCCUCAACUUUUUAAUGUUUUCAUGGUCUUCUUUGUGACGCUGGCUGUCUUCCCACCUGUUCUGGCAGACACCUGCAGGACAGAAGAAAACUUUCCAGUUCCACCAAAAUACUUCCAAGCCAUCACCUGCUUCCUUACAUUCAACUUGUUUGCAAUGAUUGGAAAUAUGCUAUCAGGACUCUUCACGUGGCCUGGUCCACGAUUCUUGUGUAUCCCUGUGCUGCUGCGAAUCUUUCUCAUCCCUGCCUUCGUGUUAUGCCACUUCUAUCCCGUUAAUGUCGAGAGGAUCAUGCCUGUACUCAUAGACUCUGACUGGGCAUACUGGGUUCUCGGUGCCAUUCUGGGCAUAACUUCAGGAUACUACUCCUCCCUGGCAGUUAUGUAUUGCCCAAGGACAGUUGAGCCAGAGUAUGCUUCUGUAGCUGGUAUGAUGGGAGCAGCAUCACUUAUUACUGGCAUUUUUGCAGGCGUCAGUUUCCAGGUUGUUUGUACAAUUGCUGUGACAAAUCUUACCUUCGAGAUCCCUGGAUAUGACUUCCCAAUGAGGAACUGUACCAACAGAAUAAGCUAGAAAAUGGAAUUGAAAAUUUUAUAGUUUUUAAGUUCAUUUGACUUGUGGAUACUGAUUUCAAGCCAUGCAUUUGUAUAUUGUAGGAACAUUUUCCCAAGUGUUGGUGAAAUGCCUUAAAUAAACAAUGUGAGGCUUCAAUUUACUUAUAUCAUAUUAAUGACAAAUGUGAAUGCAGGCCUGUCAGAAUUGUUUCGGUAGACACACUCAUCGUAAUACGGCUGAAAAUUUGUCUCAUCAUCAUAGACUCCAUUUAGAAGGCUGAAGU